CAGCAAGAAAGGGGCUCCAGACCUGGCUCCAGACGCCGCAUUGACUUUGACUUUGACUUCAUUGCACUCAACAAGUCUCCUUCAACAGACAGGUACCCAACACCACUCUGACCCUUUCUCAAAGGUUGUCUACGUCAUUUCUGAGGUCUUGCAAGUUCAAGAACCUCAUUCCUUCCACGUCGAAAAUCGAGUCCCCUCUCAAAGGAAGUACAUAACCACACCGAUGUCGCGCGCUAUAACCACAUUCCGGGCGUUAACGGUGUGCCUGGGUCAGCAUCCCUGUCGAGAGGAACAUGCGCUACUUGCCGCCUACUUUGGCCUGGCGGAGCGUUUGGCCAAUGUGAAGGAGCGGGUGCCCAGGACGACGGAAGCGGACGUGAACCGUCCUGCAGCCACACCACAUGAGCCAAAAGAGACUGCCUUCCCUUCGACACCCGCCACCGCAACGUCACCGACCUCACCAACCCAUUCCCUCCCGCUCGAACUCCUCUCCCAUAUCUUCGCCCGCUUCCUCCCCUCUGCAGACGUCUACACCUGCCUCCUCGUCUGCCGCCGCUGGUUUCGCGCCGCUAUCCCAGUCGCCUACAGGCACCCAGAAGUGCGUUCCGUCCGUGCGCUGCGGGCCCUCAUGCACACCCUUAACCACGACCCGAAAACGCUGCUUUGGCCGUAUGCCGCGCAUGUGAGGCGGAUCUACUUCGGGGCUGACUAUACCGUGUCGCUGAAUAAGCAGUCCGACCCUGCGGAAGCUGGAUGUGAUUUCUUCAAAGGGUCGUAUUCGGCCCUGUUUGCGUUGUUGGUGUUGGAGCGGAACCGCGGGCAGACGGUGUGUGCGCACCCGAUCUUCUUUGAUAUGAGCUUGCAGUGCCCCAACUUGGCUGCUAUCGAAGAGUCCGUGGACGACGACCCGCAGAAGGAGGAUGUGUUGGAGACCAUCGCACAGCCGAAUCAUUUGACCGGGACGGUGCUGCAAAGCCUGUUGGCGGCCUGCCGGAGUGUAAGCAGGACAUCGGCGCGAUAUGCGAUCCGCCCGCAGAACCUGACGCGGGUGUGCACAUUAUUGCUAGGGUUACUCGAAGGCGAGGAGCGCGCGAUGUGGAGGGGUAUCAGUAAGGAGUCCCUCCGCGUCGCUCGACUGAAGAUCCUCGAGUCGUGCCGCAUCACCCUGAACCAGCUAAGCACGAGCAUGUUUUUGGAAGCGCAGUAUCUUGCACUAUCAGCUCAGCGGCUCUUGGACCUGUUUGCGAUCCUCUAUUAUCGCGGACACCAUUUGGCCAGCCGGUUAGAUGUGAACUUUGCGAUCAGGGCCGCGGAGAAGGAGGCGAGGGAGGAGUACAAUUGGAAUGCUACUCUCCGGCGUCAUUCGGAAAUCACAAACCAGACGCCGUCCACGGGAGGUGAAGGCUCAACUUCUGGUAGGGCAGACAAUGACGAGCAACUACCCUACCACCCAUUACCACCACGAGACGUAUCCGCGGUAGUCCUCGAAUGUCUGCGCCUCAUCUUCCGCCGCCAUAUCCCCGCCCACACCGCGAUCCCGCCAGCACCGCCAGCCGAAGCAGACAUUACCCUCCCCUGGCCAUCCGGGGACGGCGCCGACGAUACAGAAGGGGAUGCAACCGAAACCAACACCCGACCGUCUUCCCCACCACCACCCCUCGCCUUCCCCACCCGCCACUUCCUCACCACCGCCCUAAGCGUCUUCCCCCCCGCAGGCAUGAACCCCGAAACCGCCGAACUCCUCUCCCAGAUCCUCACCAAACACACCCUCGCUUCCGCCUCUUCCCCCACGACACCACCACCACCGCCAACGGACCCCACCCACCUCGUCCAAUCCCAACACUGGCUCGCCUAUUUCCGCGAGAUCGUCGAGUGGCAGCGAUGUGGUGUGGAGAUGGAGGCCGUGAAGGAUCUGUUGAGGACGAGUAUGGCGAGGAUGGAGAUGUAUCGCGGGUUGCAGGUAAAUGCGGGCUCGAGGGUGUUUUGACGUGCGGGUGGUUGAAGGUUGAUGGGGGUUGGUUGGAUGGCGUGUAUUCUGGGAAACGUCGUUCCACGGAGCCUCGAUCUUGCAUCUCAUUCGCCAUCCCUUCACAUUCUUCUCCUAACGUCAACAGAGACGCUUCGGUGUAGUGUUCAUGUAGACACCACCACCCUUCGUCAACCCCAUAGAAACACACCUACGUGAUAGACAAGAAAGCAUUAGGAUAGGGUUAGUGAAACUUCAGCACAUGGAACAGGGGUACUUAGUACCAGGAAUAGGGAUAGAACAUGCAAGCUGUAGCGAUAGGGAGGUACUUUGAUUAGGGGAUUCAAUUCCAUAAUCUUGCCUUG